CCGCACUCGUGCUACACCGGCCUCAGCGUCAGUGCAACACCGAAGUCCGUAAGUGUUCGACGUUCGUCCGCGCAGUCGUUUUCCGUACGCCUCAGUCGUCUCGCCGCGACCGUCUUAAUAAUAAUAAUAUUAUUAUUAUUGUACGAUUCAGAGUGUCUGUGCGCCCGUCUGUAUUAAUUUUGUUUCGGAUUUUGUAUUUGUCAUAAUUUUUCGAAAACACUUUUAACGAAAAACUUUUUUUUUGUUAUAUCAAUAUUGUUAUUUCGUCCGGUGUUGGAUACUUUGAAAUCCACCUAGUGUAACACGCAGAAUCCGCCACUCGAGUGUGCAUGUGCAGUGCGAACCAUGAUCAUGAGUAACGAAAACCAAUACCUGAGACCGGAUUAUUUAACUCCUUUACCGUCGUUGGACGCUAAAAACAGUCCACUGGCGCUGUUGGCGCAGACGUGCAGUCAGAUCGGAUCUGACGCGCCGGCGCCGCAGAACGGCAAGACAAACUCGGAGAAGACUGGCAACCACCAUAAGAAAACGUCGUCGUCACUCUCUUCGUCUUCGUCGUCGUCCUCCGACCACGGAGGCGGUGGAAGUGGCGGCCGAGACAAGCGUUCGCCGUCGUUAUCGUCGUCGUCAUCGUCGUGUUCGAACAGCGGUUCACCACCCGGCCAGACGUCGGUCGUCCACCAUCACCUGCAGCCAGCCCCGAUCACCGCCGUCACCACCACUGCCCGGUCCAGUUUCAAACCGUACGAAUCGUGCGUGUUGCGACCGGCCGCCGAGGUGGCUGCGGCUGCGGCCGCGGCAGCUGCCGCCACGGCCAAUGCCACGUCAAUCAGCCUGGACGCGACCAUAAGGAGAGCGACACCCGUGGCCACAAACGGAGGUGGCGACCGGUGCAGCAGCAAGGAAAGCGCUUCUAGUCGCAAGUCGCCGGCGGAAGAUGCGGCCACCACGAACAGAAAACACAGCGAACCAUCGCACAACAAACUCUCGUCGUCAUCAGCCGCUUCGGUGGCCGCUCUGAUGGCAGCCGCUGGUUACCCGUCACCGCACCACCAUCCGCAGUUGUCGGCGCAUCCUCAUCACCAUCACCACAUGGCAGCAUUGGGUGGUUCGCCCCUGAUGAGCCCCUACUUCAGACCUGGCGCCGGGGCACCACCGCUACCAUGCCGAGACCCGUACUGCGCGGGAUGUCAGCUGGCCGCUCACUUGGCCGCCGGCAAACAACAACAACAGCCGACGGCCUCGUGCCCAGCCGGUUGCACGCAAUGCGACGCCAGCCCGAAGACGGUGUCAGCAGCGGCCGCUGCCGCAGCCGCCGCUCACCAUCACCACCAACAGACCGCAGCGGCACACCACCAACACCAACAGCACCAGCACCAGCAGCAGCAACAGCACCACCAUCACCAUACGAUGGCCGCCGCGUACGCUCAUGCCCAGCUGGCCGCACUGGCCGCGGCCGCCAGUCAAUUGCCGUACGUGUGUUCGUGGAUGGGCGCUGACCUGCCGUCGUACUGCGGCAAGCGCUUCGGCACGUCCGACGAGCUGCUCCAACACCUGCGCACCCACACCUCCGACCCGGCGGCCGCGCUGCCGCUGUUGCAACGCUCUUACCCUACGCCCCCGCUCAGCCCGUCCGCCGCGGCGGCCGUCAGCCGGUAUCACCCGUACGCGUCCAGCAAACACCACUCGCCGUACGGAUUUCCGUCCGGUUACCCAUCCUCGCCACUGGCCAUGCCACCACACCCGGGCCUGCUGCCGCCGUACUUCCCCUCAGUGGCCUACUCACCGUACGCCGCCGCCGCGGCCGCUGCUGCCGCCCCGCGACUGGGCACGUCGCCGCACACAUAACUCUGCUGCCGAACAUUUUAACGAUUUGUUGAUUGCAUUAUUAUUAAUUAUUAUCAUGAUCGUCGUAACGCCGUUAGUCGCGAGUGUUGUUAGCCGAUUAGCGAAAUUUGUUUUAAUUUUAUUUACGUUUACCUAUUAUAAUAUACAUAAUAUUAUUAUUGUUUCAACAACAAUAACUGAGUUUAUACCUACACCAGCUAUUAUUAAACUGCAGUCGCUCCUUUUCUAUAUAUUAUACGAUGUAGGUUGUAGGUACACGUUAAUUUUUAUUUCAU